AGCAAAGCAAGCACAAAAGCAUCUCCAGCUCCUCCACCGCCCCUUUCCCCUUUCCUCCUCUCCAAAACUCAAACCCUAACCCCAAAUCCGCCAUUAAUGGCGCCUCCUCCUCCCUCUCCCUCUCCCUUUCCCUUCGUCGUCAUCGUCUUCGUCAUUGUGUUCUUCUCCCUCCCCCUCGUCUCCCUCUGCAAAUCCACGAUCGAGCCCUGCUCCGUCUCCGACGCGUGCCCCGCGCUCCUCGGCUACACGCUCUACGCCGACCUGAAGGUCUCCGAGGUGGCCGCGCUCUUCCGCGCCGACCCCUUCGCCCUCCUCGCCGCCAACGCCCUCGACUUUGCCUCCGUCCCCGACGUGCCCGACCGCAUCCUCCCCGCCGGCCUCUUCCUCCGCGUCCCCACCCUCUGCUCCUGCGCCGACGGCAUCCGCAAGUCGCUCUCCACCCGCUACCGGACCCGACCCGCCGACACCGACAACUUCCUCCCCGCCGUGUACUUGUCGUACGUCGUGCGCGGCGGCGACACCGUCCCCGCAAUCGCCGCGCGGUACUCCACAACCGUGGCCGACAUCGUUAAUGCGAACGGCAUGGGCGGCACGGCCGUCGGGCCUGGGGACAUCCUCGCGAUCCCAUUGCCAGCAUGUCCAUCGAUGUUCCCGAGGUACGCGUCCGAUUACGGAAUGCUUGUGGCAAAUGCGACUUACGCAAUUACUGCUGAUCAGUGCGUUCAAUGCAGCUGCGGCCCAGGAAAUCUCAAUCUGUACUGCACACCAGCUUCAUUAGCAGUGUCGUGCCCGAGCAUGCAAUGCAGAAACAGCAAACUGAUGCUCGGAAAUGCGACCAUUCAACACACCAGUGCUGGUUGCAAUGUCACUUCUUGCGACUACGGUGGAUUCGUAAAUGGAACUCUAAUCACCAAGUUAACCACCACUCUCCAACCAAAAUGCCCAGCGCCGCAUCAACUUCCUCCGGUUUUUGAGCCGCCAACUUCCGUGAUCCGUGAGUCAUACUUGGCUCCAACCCCAUCACCAAUCCCAGAGGCUGAACCUGGCGGUCCUGUGCCGUCGCGAAAGCCAUCACCUUCGGUAGCAGGAACUUUUACUCUCCCUGGUGUUUCUCCUUCAGUUGGUCCGGCGGGGAGUUCUUCUGAGGGCACUUCGGUAGAUCGAAUGAGUUACAUUCUGAAUCUGCUUCUCUUUCUUCUGCUUCUCAUCUUCUCGCGAGCUGAACAGGACAUUAAUUUGUAUGUGGAAAUCAACUACUGGGAAAUGUCUUGUGUAUAAGUUAUACCUCGUUUGCAUUUGGAUUCAUGCUUAAUAGUUUAUGUGGAAUGUUUGAUUUAUGAUAA